AUGACGAUAUUACUGCCUGAAGAGAUCAUAUUAGAAAGGAAUUCACACGUAAAUUUGCUUCUUUUAACCUUAUCUUGCUCACCUGGAUCCACUGAAACCGAAAUAAUAGAGUUUCAGAAAAAGAUGCAUACCAAUAAAUUAUUACGAUUGGUCAAAUUGCUUCAAACGGGCUGCCAAAGAUCAUCGUGCUCCCCCGUAACUGAACCAAUGGCACAAACAUCGAGAGAAUUCGAUUUGGUGCAGAGUUUGAAUAUUCCAUGUAUGAUUAAGGAUAAAGUUGAUUUAGAAAAGUUAUCGAUUAAGCUAACGAAUCAAAUUAUUGCUACCGCUAACCGUACCGGACUAAAUAUUGUGGUUUCUGCUGGUUUUGACACAAAUGAAGAUCCAGGUCAAGCAUUGCAGUCUAUAAAGAAUUCAAAAGUUCGCAUUAUAUAUGCAGGCUUUUAUCCAGGACCAGGACGUCGAGUGCUAUGCAAAGCAUAUCAUCUAGGCUUAGUACGCCCAAAAUAUGUCUGGGUCGGGCCAGGUUGGUUUACCACUCGCUAUUGGUGGCGAAACCCGGAAGGCGGUGAGGUUGUCGUUGGAAAGUCAAGAUGUAACGAUACCAUAAUGGAUUCGAUGGCGGAAGGAUAUUUCUCCACGGAUCCAUUAGCUAAGUCUCAAAGCCCAGACCCAACUAUAUCUGGCAUGACAACGAACGAAUGGAUUGAAGCAUAUGAUAAUUUUCGAAAUUCUGAAUCUUAUUCAAAAUAUAAAGGAGGAAUUAAAUUUGCAACUUUUACCUAUGAUGCUACGUGGGCAGUUGCAGUAGCGUUAAAUAAUUCUAUUCCACGUUUGGCUGAAAUGAAUAAAACGUUGCAAGACUUUCAAUAUAAUGAUAAAGUGUUUUUAAAUAUAUUCAAAAAUGAAAUGGCUAAAGUAUCAUUUCUAGGAGUAUCGGGUCCACUAGCAUUUACAAAUACCGGUGAUCGACUUGGCAUAACUGUCAUUAAGAGAAUACAAAAUCUAGAGGAAAUUACUGUUGCACUGUACUACGAUCAAGGUACUAGAGUGAUUUGGAAUAAUUCUAUCCAAUUCAAAUGGGGUACUCCGGGUGAUAAAGUUCCAAUUGAUUUUCCUGAAAUUCGUCCUGAAAAAGAAGCCGUUCCAUUAUUCUUAUACGUCUUUAUGGUCAUUCUUACAUCUGCUGGCAUUAUUUUAGCUCUGUCACUUCUAGUAUUCAAUUACUACUAUCGAGAAAAUAGAAUUAUGAAAUUAACAAGCCCAAAUAUAAACAAUGCCAUCAUCUUUGGUUCAAUAUUUUGCUACUUGUCCGUCAUAUUUCUUGGCAUGGAUUCAGAAACACUGGGAAUCCAUUAUCGAUCUUUCAUGACUACGGCCUGCUGGAUUCAAGUUUGGUUACUGCUAUUAGGAUUUAUGUUAGGAUUUAGUGCACUUUUUGCUAAAACUUGGCGUUUGUACGUUAUAUUUACCAAUAAAACUGGCAAAAGCAAGAUCAUAAAGGAUAAGCAGUUAUAUGCUUUUAUUGCCAUAAUUGUCACUAUUGGAAUUGCAAUACUAGUUGCACAAGCAGCUAUUGAUCCUAUAUACCUCGAAGAGCGCAACCUCUCUGCUAUACCUUAUAAAAAUGGAGAUUUAAUCGUGAUUCCAGUCUCUAUGAACUGCUUAACUAGAAAUUCCGUCAUCUGGCAGGUCAUUAUGCUAGGACCCAAUGGUAUUUUAUUAGCUUAUGGUCUGUUGUUAGCGUGGAGAACUCGAAAUAUUUCUAUUACGGCUGCAAAUGACUCCAAAUACAUUGGAUUUGCCAUCUACAAUGUCACUAUUUUUUCCGGUACUGCAGUCUUGGUUGGAUUUACGAUUUUACAGAUUAAAUAUAAUAGAGUUGCAGAUGCAAAUUCGAAUGCUGGAGAAAUGACUACAUUCGGCAAUGAAACUCUGGAAGAAAAGAUUAACCGGCUGCAGUUGGUCGUGGAAGAGAAGGACAAAAACAUUAAAAAGUUGGAAACUGAAUUAAGCAAAUUGAGUGCAGAUAAAUGUGAGCUGCAAAAUAAACCUGUGGAACAAGUUAAAAACAUGCUUGAUUCGUAUUUGAAUGAUAUCGGUGCAGUAAAAUACAGUUCUUCUUUUCGCUUAUUAGCUGUAGGAGAGCAGAAUUAA